AUGUCUGCCCCUACAGCUCUUCGUCAGCCGGCGGAGCCCGAGGCCCAGCCCAUUCAGGCCAUGGACCAGGACGAUGAAGUCUUGAUUGAUGCACAGGCGACCGCUGAGCCUGAUGCUUCCAACCCCGUCGCCGAAUAUGCGGGAGACAGUGAAAUGCGCAUCGAUGAAGAGGGCCGUCCCGUUUUCACGCCGGCCAAGGAAACCAACGCCGCAUACCGCAUCGAGACUCGCAAGGUGCCUGUCCCGCCACACCGCAUGACACCGCUCAAAGCGAACUGGACCAAGAUCUGCCCUCCUAUCGUCGAACACCUCAAGCUGCAAGUGCGGAUGAACGUCAAGAGCCGAGCGGUGGAACUACGAACCUCCAAGUUCACCAGCGACGUGGGGGCAUUGCAGAAGGGCGCGGAUUUCGUUAAGGCCUUCACUCUCGGUUUUGACAUCGACGACGCGAUCGCUCUUCUGCGACUGGACGAUCUCUACAUUGAGACCUUUGAAAUCAAGGAUGUUAAGACAUUGAACGGGGAGCACCUUGGACGCGCAAUUGGCCGUAUUGCCGGCAAGGAUGGAAAGACCAAAUUUGCGAUUGAAAAUGCCAGUCGGACUCGCGUGGUGCUUGCAGACCAGAAAAUCCACAUUCUGGGUGGAUUCAAGAACAUUCACAUUGCCCGUGAGGCCAUCGUCAGCCUGAUCUUAGGUAGCCCUCCGGGCAAGGUCUACGGCAACCUCCGAACGGUUGCUUCACGUAUGAAGGAGCGGUUCUAA